CGCACGGAGAGCAGGACUUCCUGUGUCGAUCCCGUGUUUUCGUUCAGAUAACACUUGUUCUCCUGCACGCGGCACGAUGCUCGCUUUCUUCCUCCUCGUCCUCGUCGCGUCCCACAGCAGCUGCUUCGGCAAGAAUUCGGGUUUGGGGGAUUCCUGCGACUCCGAUGGGGAGUGCAAGCCUCGGCAUUCCGUGUGUGUCGAUGGAACGUGCGAGUGCGAGCAGAGUCACCUCGAGGAGGGGAAACACUGCAAGAUCCCGGUAGGGGAACUCUGCAGAGAAUCUUCGGAAUCUGAUUGCGUGAAUCACGCCGCCUGCGUCGGGGAUGGAUGGAGAACCUGCCAAUGCCAAGACGCUGGCCAGGUCGUCUUCGUCGUGGAACGCCGACGGUGCAGGAGAAUCCUGGGAAUCGUGGAGUACGUAUGCUUCCCGACUCGAUGGGAUGAGAAUCACUUCGAAGGAUUCCCGAUGAUUGUGGAGGCUGGCAUCGCUUCAGGUCGUGCAGAUCCCGAGGUACCCGUGGGCGUAUAUUGUCAACAUCAUAAAGAAGGUUGCGUGGAAAAUGCAGAGUGUCGGAAGAGAAAACCAAAAGAGUGCGAGUGCAACGAAGACUACAGGGAAGAAAAAGGCCGAUGCGGUGAGUUGACGAACUGGAGGAUCUCUUUCCUGCCGGAUGCCGAUGGGGCACCAUUUACUUUACCAUGAUUCAUCACCACCACCAACGACGAACAACUCCGAGAGCUUACGGCCCCUGACACCUAUAAGUACCUCGGUGUGGAAGAGAACUCUUCCGUGGCUGUCAAACGCACGAAGCAGAGACUGACGACAGAAUACAAACGCAGAGUCCGUCUCGUACUAAAGACCGAGCUGUCCGGGAAACAACAAGAUCUCUGCCCUCAACAGCCUUGCCACCCCUGUCCUCAACUACAGCUUCGGAGUUAUAGAUUGGUCACCUACGGAACUCCAAGCUAUCAAUCGAGCGACCAGAAAACUCCUAACCAUGCAUCACACCCACCAUCCGAAGGCUGCCGUCGAGAAACUCUACCCUCCGAGAUGCAAGGGAGGGGGGGACUCAUCGAACUCGAGUCCCUCUAUAAGCGGACGACGUGGGAAGUCGCCAGAUACGUCGAAAGGAAGCAGGGAAGACUCAUUUCCAUCCUGAGAGAGCGAGAUGCCCUGAAGAAGUCCCACUCCAUCCAGGGAGAUGCCACCCGCUUCCGAAACGCACUCCAUCUCCAUGACGACUGCGACACGAAGGAUGUGAAGACGGCAGAUCAAGGACAAAGAGAAGCACGAUGGAAGGAGAAACCGCUUCACGGCCAGCAUCCCAAGAUCAUGGAUAAACCAUCGAUCGACUCAGACGUCAGCUAUAACUGGCUGAAGAAGGGACUGCUGAAUGCCGAGACAGAGAGCAACAUCCUAGCCAUUCAGGACCAGUGCAUUAGAACUCGUAACUACGAGAAGCACAUCCUGAAGCUGGAUGUGGAAGACCGCUGCAGAUGCUGUCAUGGACCACCCGAAACGCGUACAGCAAUCUUGGGCACGGCCAGCAUCAUUCGCCUUGUCCUUCAGAAUUAG